AUGUCUUGGAACUACCGCUUCCAGUCCGACAGGGAGAAGCAUGGAGAUGUUGGUCCGCCGCCGCCAGAUCUAUAUAAACCUUCGGGGAGCCGCGAUGGCAGGGACAUUGCGAGUACUGUUUCCCGGAGAACCUGGAGCAGGAGAGACAUUGCCAUCAUGUUCCUUCGUGGCGUUCUCCUGGUGCCGGCAUUGAUCGUCCUCUGCUAUAGAGCCCGCCCUUCCCUUGCUGCACCAGCAGCCUCCCAGGGAGCCCAACUGGCAAACUUACCGGCAGAUAACUGGCAACAAUAUGUACGCGCCCCUCGGCAUAAUGUCGUUGGUGCAUCAAGGGUCCUCUCGCAAUACACGAAGGGCAAUGUAACGAAUCCGGAUGGACUCAUCAAUGGAAAGGGAUCGACAGUCCUGACUAGAACUCAACCACCGCCUUCAGAGGACCCAAAUGUUCCUUCCCCUGAUGAAAUUGUCCCCGCUAUCGUUGUAGAUUUUGGUCUGAAUAUGCCUGGCUGGCUUACUAUCGAUUUUGAUGGGGCUUAUAAUUUUUCCGCUGGCCGCCCUGGUAUCAGAUUGGCCUUUUCCGAAACGCUGGAGUUCCUGACCGAUUUGAGCGAUUUCUCCAGAUCAAACAAUGGAGAAACCAUUACCCCAGGCUCCGAUCAGAUUGCUGUCAAGGAGGGUGAAUAUACUUGGACAGCCACUCAUGGUUGCGAGUACGGAAAUCAAGUCUGUGUCGAUGGACUCCACGGUUUCAGAUAUGUGAAAAUCUAUCUGGAUGCUAUGUACUUCGAUGAGCCAUACACAACAUCAUACGGAUCUGUUUCUAUCAGUUCCAUCAACCUGAAGCUCUCGGGAUAUCGUGGUACUCCGGACACGUUCACCGGCUGGCUAGAAACUUCAGAUGAAGAUUUGAACCAAUGGUGGUAUGAUUCGGUCUAUACAAAUGAUAUCUGUACCGACACAUUCAGAAAAAAUGAUACCGAACCUCGGUACGCUGCUAGUCCUUCUCUGAUAGGGAAGCUUGUCCUGCAUGAUGGAGCGAAGCGGGAUCGGGACCCAUAUGUGGGAGACAUAGCUGUCGCCGGACUCACUUCCUAUCUCACUCAUAAUGUUCCGGAAGCGGCUCGCAACGUCCUUGCGGAUCUUGCAGAUCACCAGAGAGAUGAUGGAUGGAUCCCCCCAGCAAGCAUCAAUAGUUACACUCUGCAGCUCAUGGACUACCCAAUGUGGUGGGUUGUAUGUAGCUACGACCUCUAUAUGUACACCGGGGAUACCGACUAUAUCAACAAAUACUACCAAGCCAUGGCCAACGUCCUAGACAAAUACUAUCCAUCAGUCACAAACAAUGACACCAAUCUUAUUCAGAAAGGUAUUGGGAGUUCGGGAUCCUACGGUGAUUAUGGAUUCCUACCUCGAACGGGUCCGGUGACAUAUUACAACGCAUUGUACGUCCUUGCACUUGACCGAGCAGCAUCAAUCGCAACCAUGCUCGGCGGCCAUGACAAGGAUGCCGCUCGCUGGAGAGAACGGGGUAAGGUCUUCUCAGCGGCCAUCAACGAACGUCGCUUUGACACAUCAGUCGGGGCGUUCUUCGACGGCAACUGUGGAUCCUCGCCAUGUAAUACCCACGCCCAAGAUGGCAACAGUCUAGCAAUCGUCAGCGGCGCCGCAAACAGCACAAUCGCCAAAUCGGUGCUUUCAUAUCUCUCAGCAAAAAACCAACGUCCAUACGGAAACGCAUUCUACGACAACGAUCUCCUCGAGGGCGGAUUCUCCCAGCGGGUAUACGCUUUCAUCUCGUACUUUGAAAGGGAAGCCCGCUUCAUGACGGGGUUGGCGGACUCAGCGCUCGAGGAGAUGCGUCGCCUAUACGGCUGGAUGGCGAGUCACGAUCCGAAAGUUACGGCUUGGGAGGGCAUCGGCGCAAAUGGGUCGCUGUAUCAAGGUCGCUACAGCUCCCAGGCCCACGGCUGGGCUACAGGAAUUGUCCCCUCACUUACCAACAACGUCUUGGGCGUGAAACCUACGGGACCAGGUUUCAGCACUUGGAGUAUCAAACCUAUCCCCGCUGAUGUGCAAUGGGCGAAAGGAGUUGUGCCCGGGCCUGAUGGCCCCAUCAAGGUCAACUGGAAUAGAGAUAAGGACCAGGGGUUGUUCUGGUUGAGUGCAUCGACGCCGCCAGGUAACUCGGGCACGAUUUCGGUUCCGGUAGGGAAUGUCGGUACCUCUGUAUAUAUCAACUCGGAGCUUGCCUGGAAUAACGGGCCGCAGAAGAGAGCAAUUGCUGCCGAGCAUAACGAUGGGUAUGUGACUAUACAUGUUGAUGGUGGUGAUCACACAGUCACAGUUGGGUUUAAUAUGUAA